CACCGUCAUUUUAUUUCCUAUCCACACCCAAACAAUUUUUAGUAUAAAUACUCAAAAAUUAAUUUUUAAAAUCAGUCUUGGUACAAGCAUCGAUUUAAUCAAACCCAAAUUAAAAAACAAACCAUAAAUAUGUUCAAAUUCGUCGUACUAUCCUUAACCGUCGCUUACGUCCUUGGAGCUCCAGGAUAUUCCUACGAAUCUUCAGGACAUGGUGGAAAAGGUUUCAGUGCUGGAAGCGGAUUAAAAACCAUUGCUCAAAGCUCAGCUGAACAAGCUAAUAAUGCCGUUGCAAAUCAAUACGCUGCUGCUAAACAAGCUGCUGCUCAAGCCAAAGGCGCUUUAGCUCAAAAUGCCAUCAAUGCUGCUUCUGCUGCUCAAGCUGCUCUCGUCGGGAAACAAAUUCUCGUUCAACGUCUUCAACAACAAGCCCAAGAAGCUCAUUUGGCUUUAGAAGGUGAAAUCCGUCAAUUAGAACAAGCUCAACGUGCUGCCGAAUCCGCCAGACAAACCGCCGAACAAGCUCAACAACAAAUUAACGCCUUAAACUCAGCUAUUUCUGCCGCUCAAGGUACUCUCACUCACGCCAACCAAGCCGCUCAAGAAGCCGCACAAGAAUACGGAUCUCAAUCCGCUAUGGUCGGUGAAGCCAAACAAAGAUACAACUCUUUAACCGAAGAACUCCACGCCGCUCAAUCUGAUCUUGCUUCCACCGAAGCAGCCGCUCAACAAGCUCAAGCUGCAGCCCAACAAGCUCAAGCCGCUGCUGCUCACGCCGCUGAAGCUGCUUCCGCUGCUGGACAACAACAACAACAACAACACGGUGGAUUUGAAAGUGGAUUUGAAACUGAAGGAUUAGAUGGGGGAUAUCAUCACUAUUAAGAAGAGACUUUUUAGAUGAAUUUGAUUAAAGCAAUGUGAUAAUUUCGUUUCAAAUAAAUUUAUAACAAUUAUAAAGGAUACUGUAAUUUUUAUUUGUAAUGUAUUUCAGUUGAACUUUCGUGUGAGAGAUGGCGCUUAAAACCAUAAUUUGAUUUAAAAUCUGAUUAUUAUCUUUAAUGUUGGAUG